UUAUUUCAACACUAAGAUAUAGUUAUGUAUGUUUCUUUUCAUGGAACAGUCUAUAGAUGAAGUGAAGAAAUGACAAAAUAAAGUGCAUUGCUAUAACCUAUUUAUUCAGUCCAUUUAUUGGAUGGGUUUAGCAAUCUAGGUUUUUUUUUUUUUUUAAGGGAUAAAUAGUUGAAAUCGGUUUUUUAAAGAUCUUCAUUUGGUGACUACAUCUGACAUUAUGCAUGCCCUGGCUAACAGAAUAUGGAGACUUGACAUUUUUGGGCUUGUCAUUUAUAGGAAGAACAUCAUAUCUCAUUACAGAGAGUUAUAGAGGGCAAGAUGAACCUGUAAAUUCAAUCCACUUGCAAGAGGAGCCAUGACUGAGUUGGAGAUUGAUAAGUCCCACCUUCCUCGCGUCCUUGACGAGGUUCUUCAGAGAGCGGCCUUACCCUGGUCAAAUUUGGGCAGAGGCAGAGAUAGUACUACUCCCUGGGGACAGCUGGGGUGGUCUGGCAAGAGAGGGGAGUUGUGCGAGUGUUUCGCUGUGCUUGAAGAUGGGGCGCUGGCGCAUAACCUGCAGGAACAGGAGAUCGAGCACUUCUAUAACUCCAACGUCCAGAAGAGCCAGCUGGUUCAGCAUGAUGUGCGCAUUGCCAGGAGGCUGCAGGACGAAGAGGAGCAGAGAAUGCAUCUGAGUCGUGACCGACGGAGACUUGAGGAGCAGGACUUUGAGUAUGCGCAGAGGAUUCAGGAUGAGAUGCAGAGACAUGCUGAAGAAGCUUGCAGGAGAGAGGAGGAGGAUGAGGAAAUGGCCAAGAGGUUACAGGAAGAGGAGGAGUUACAGAUCAGAAGACAGAAAGCUGAGGCUGGGUGUCAGGAGGAUACUCCACUCAGUGAAGGUCUGAUAUCGCUGCAACUUGAGGUUCUGCAGCAGGUGCAGCGUGAUGCAGAGCUCGCCCAAAGACUGCAGGAGGAAGAUGAGGAGGAAGAGGUGGACAGACAACCACAGAGGAGGAGACGGCAGUCCGCAGUGUCUCCCCAGUGCCCCCAGGAGGCGCCAGACGUGGACUUCAGGGCAGCUCAGGUUGCCCAGGAUGAGGAGAUUGCCCACUACAUGCAGCGGCACGAGAGGAAGACCAACAGGAGGCCAAGCGACCACGCCGAGAGACAGUCCAGGAGUCCGGAGCAGAGCGAGGCCAGAGAAGCCCCCGAAAGAAAGGUGGGGGCACUGCAGCUACCGCGGGAGCGUCUGAACUCUGAGGGGUUGAACUCCCCUGGAGAAGAGGGGUCCCCUGAACGCGAGCUCUCGCCCCCCAGCUACACCAUGCUGCAAACACAGCCGAUUCACAACAUUGCUGAGGAACUGGACCCAACAUUUAAGGCCAGAAAGAGAGACAGCCUACUGAUGGGCAACACUGCCCCAUCAGGUAUUUGUCUGGCCAAUAGAACCCCUCAUUCCGUGUUCUAUGACUACCUGCCAGAGCCCGCUUUCAUCCCGCCCACUAAGCGCCAAAGUGACAGACCAGGACGACCCAAAGCCAAAGAGAAGAGGGAAAACUGCAAACAGCAGUGAUGGUGUGUGUGUGUGUG